AUGAUCGAGAACCAAUGGGAAGACCAUGGGUCGGAAGGUAGGCGGGGCCUAGUCAACACUACGGCGGAAAAUGGCGCCCAGCUCGAAAUCAGAAAAGGACGGUAACAAACAAACGCAGAGAAAACACAAAGAACAUGUCGUUAAGCUUCUGAACCGUGGAAAGUUGUCUGGCCAGUAUUCUCAGCGCUUGUUCCGGAAACUACCCCCGCGCGUCUGUGUUCCCCUGAAGAACAUAGUCAGCGAGGAGUUCCUCAGAGCAGGACACAUCUUCCUGGGGUUCACUAAGUGUGGUCGUUACGUGUUGUCCUACACCAGUGACUGUGGAGAGGACGAUGACUUCUCCUUCUACACCUAUCACCUCUACUGGUGGGAGUUCAACCUACACAGCAGACUCAAACAGGUGCACCAUGUGCGUCUGUUUACAGGUGAGGACAUCUACAGUGAUCUCUACCUGACAGUGUGUGAGUGGCCCAACGACCACUCCAAGAUCGUCAUCUUUGGCUUCAAUACUCGUAGCUCCAGCUCAGUGUUGAUGAAUCUGAUGAUGAGUGAUGAGAACAACAGAGAUAUCUACAUCACCAUCGCCUCCAUGCCUCCUCUCAGACCCUGCUCUCAGUGCUGCCCUCCAAAUACCUCUACCAUACGCACAGGUAGUGGAGAGUGUCUGGAACAUGGCUAUAUGUUGAACAGUCGGUACCAGGUGGUCUAUCCCUUCCCCACCUUCCAGCCUGCCUUCCAGCUGAAGAAAGACCAGGUGAUCUUCCUCAACACCUCCUAUUCCCUGGUGGCCUGCUCUGUGUCCCUCUGUCCAGCAGGUGAGCAGGGUCAUUCCUCUCAGAUCCUGUUCAGAAAGAGAGCCACAGCCCCCACCUUAGAACAUCAAACCCCUCCAUCGCCCUCUUCAUCCUCUUCCUCUCACGGGUCUCCCGACAGCCGCCUGCUAACUGCCAAACCAAGCCCCGCCCCUCUUUCCCCUAGCCAAUCACACGCUGCCGCCCGGGCGCGAGAGUUCGCCGCCGACCUCUUCAGACGUGCCCAGGGAGGAGGGAGAGAAAACGAGGGAGGGGAGAGGAGAGGGAAUCCGGAGGGGAGCGAAGUAGGAGAGGAGGCUGUCGUGACUGAGAGAGAAGGGGUGAGCGUGGAGAGGGACAGAGAACAGAGGGAAGACACACAAACGGAUCAACUGACUAGCGUACCACAGACUUCCACUUCAGCUGGGAACCAAAGUUUGUUGCGACCUUUGCCGGAGGACUCUAUUCAGUGUAGUGCGAUGACGUCUCCUGCCUCCUCCUCCUCGUCCCCCCCCACUCCUCAUUCUUCUCAGGAAGCAGGCUGCAGCGAGCCGGGAUAUGUCAACUACACCCGCUUGCAGUACCGCAUGCCACAGCCGGGGGCGCCAGAACAGGAUGCAGGAGGUUAUGAGGAUGAUAAGGUCCAGCUGCCCUUCACUGUGACUGACCUGAAGGGACGCAACCUACAGCUGGUCACUGGGCCCCACAACGGACAGAGUGUGUGUGUGGAGCAGUUGACUCUGGACUUUGAGUACCUGAUCAACGAGGUGAUCCGGAGCGACGCCCGCUGGGCUGCUCAGUUCUGUUCCUUCAACGACUACGACGUUGUUAUACUGGAGGUGUGUCCAGAGACUAACACAGUGGUGAUAAACAUUGGGCUGCUGCUUCUGGCGUUCUCCAACCCUGAAGAGGAACACUGCAGGCCCAACACCUACCACUCCAGUCUGCAGGUGAGCUGGGACCUCAACACAGGAGUGUGUCACACCGUCGGGGUCGGUGACCUCACUGAGGUCAAGGGUCAGACCAGUGGCAGUGUAUGGAGUUCGUACAGGAAGUCGUGUGUGAACACAGUGAUGAAGUGGCUGGUUCCGGAGAGCAGCUCUCGUUACAUCAACCGCAUGACCAACGAGGCCCUGCACAAAGGUUCCUCUCUACAGGUGUUGGCUGACAGCGACCGGAGUACCUGGAUCAUACUAUGAGGGACAACAGAGGGGUGUCCUGACACCAGAGGCUCGGACUGUCACACACACACACCCACCGACACACACCCAUCCACACACCGACACACACCCAUCCACACACCGACACACACCCAUCCACACACCGACACACACCCAUCCACACACCGACACACACUCAUCCACACACCCAUCCACACAUACAGCAAGCCUGUUUAGCUGCUACAGUAACAGUCAUAGGAUCCCUCUCAAAUGGCACCCUAUUCCCUCCUAUUCCCUCCUCCACAUGUGGUGCACUACGUUUCCAUUAUGCCUGUGGUGAGAAGUGGUGACCUUAUAGGACCUUCAGACUCCACUCUGGACCUGGAAACCAGUUCCCCUCUAAUCAGGGACUGAUUUAGACCUGGGACACCAGUUCCACUGUUCCCCUCUAAUCAGGGACUGAUUUAGACCUGGGACACCAGUUCCACUGUUCCCCUCUAAUCAGGGACUGAUUUAG